GUUGUUCUUUCUGCGUUAAUGCACACUCCAUUAUGACGAGCAAUGACGGUAGCAACGGCUUGCUCGAGUUUCCGUCGGCGGUCUGGCCCCUGCACUGUCGCGGGGGCAACGGCAAGCUCGCUGGCCUGGUGCCGUUUGGCCAGGGCACUGCCGAGCGACUCCUACCGCUGAUCGACGGCGACGGGCAAACGACAUGGCAGCCGGCGUCAAAGUACCAUAAGCCCGGCGAGGAAUUCAUUCUACAGAGCCACGAUCCAGUUCUCUUGCGGCCGCGGACACGCAUGCCAGGGUUGCUGAAGCGCCUGCAGCGGCAACCAACAGCAGCCAGCAGCUACAGCGAGGCAGUAUCCUAUCUGUCGGAUAUGCACAGGGAAAUCGACAUACCAUCUGACCUGCUGAAGGAGUUGAUAUAUGAGGACCAUGGCGAUUCGGAGUGGGAGCGGGCUGGGGUCACUGAUGGGAAUACGAUGGCUGUAUGCCGACCAGAGCUAGACAGAGAUGCACCUAUCUCAGACGAUGCCGCACAUAAGCUUGGAUCAAAGUGGCGAGUACGGGAGCAGUUCCAGCAAAACGUCAAACAGGUGGAUACUGCGGAGCCAUGGGGCGAGGAGACACAGUAUGCGUGGUCAUCGAAGCACGAGUGGGCGCUGUAUGCGGGCGGCGAGUGCGGGAACCAGCUCCUCGGCAUGCCGCUGCCAGAAAUCAACGACAGCGACCAAACCAUAUUCUCGACGGUUCGGCCUCGACAGAAUGCUGGCUCGAAAGACGUGGAUGUCGUGCCGGCCCUUGAGCUGACGACGCCUAUCAAACAGAUCGUGACGCGCAAAGAGCAUCCCGGGUAUGCCUGCGUGCGCACCAUGAGCACGGUGGCUCUGCUGCGCGUCACCCAGAAGCCCAACCAGUUCACCGGCGUGCCGCUGCUGGAGGCAGAUGUUGCUGGCAAUCCGUACUCGUUCGGCACCGGCGAUCAGUGGACCAGCCAUAUGUCAUGGAGCCCCUGGGAUAUGUCGCAGGCUGCGCUGGCGUCCAGUACCGGGAGCAUGCGGAUGUGGAACUUCGAGCUCAACAGUGACACACUUAUAGAGGAGGAGCUGGACCAGCCGUGCCAGUGGAACACCUGCGAGUACUGGAACUCGCCCCGCCAUAUUCUGCGCGCGAACCCCGACGAGCUGUACUUUCUGGACACGCGCACCGACCGCAAGCGCGUGUCGGUUCUGGACCUGCGUGAGUCACGGUUUGCCUUCGAAAACGAGCUGUUCACGGCUGCAGUGCCGUCAGCCAUGCACCCGAUGCAUGCGGCUGCGGCAUCCACACACGUGAUCCGGAUCUUUGACCAGCGCUACCUGAAGCAGCCAAUCAUGGCAUGGAAACACAACUGCCUGGGCGACGACCCGCCAGUGUUUCUGGACACGGCGGUGCUGCCAAACUCCACAUAUAGCCGCGCCACAGUAGUGAUGGCUGCGUCGCGCGAGUCGCUGGAUGUGUCCAGCUACAUAUAUGGCCAGGACAGUGCUGCUGGCCCGUUUAUUUCUAUCGAGCAGCACAUGCUGAAGGAUGCGGCCCCAGUGUCGAAUUCCUUCCGCACUGCGGUGCAGGAAGUGCUGGCGACUGAUCCGUUUGUGGAUUCGGUGACGAGUGAAGGCGUUGUGAGAACCGACCAGCCGGUGACCAUGCCAAUGGCCGGCAUGGUGCUGCACACGUUCCCCGACCACUGCCAUGACCAUGUGCUGUCUGGCGUAUGCGUCACUGUGGAUGAAAGCAGUGCGGUGGUCGGCCGCCGCGUGUCGUUUCUUGCUGACACCGACAGCCAAAUCUCCCAGACCACCUACGACAAGACCAUUGAGAAGUGCUGGCAUGACGCCAAGCUGUGCGACGAUGGGUCGAUUAUCGACGGUCUGGGAUUCAUGCUCGAUACAAAGGAGACGCGGGACCGCAAGAGCGAGUGGUAUAUCAAUCUGAUGCGUUCCCACGGCAUUCCGUUCCGGCGCUUCAACGUCAUAGAAAAGUACAAGAACCUGGUGGGUGUCGAUGUCCAGGCCAAAGGCAGAAAGCACAUGCGAUACGGCAAGCUAUUUAAGACACGCCCACCUCCAGCUGUCGACCGCAAGGAAAUAUCGCUGUUUAAUCUCGCCCGGAUUGCUGCGUCUCCGGGUGCGACCAACUAUGUCCCUGCAGACAAGCUGCCAUCAUGGACCGCUGACGGAGUGGCGCUUAGAGAUGCUCUGCUGAGGAUGGAUCCGGCUGUGGUUGAGGAUGUGUGGAAGCGCAACGGCAUCAGUGGUCUGCGGGAGCUUGCCAGCAACUCUGAACGCAACAAGGCCGGCAGCAGCUCGAUCAAGCUUCAUCGCGACACAUCCGAGGAUCCCAGACACAUUGCAGAGGCAGAGGGCAGCCUAAGGUCGAUCUUCAAUGUCCAGGACGCAGGUGCGCUGGCCGAGGCAUUGGAGCACGCUGCAGAGGACGUUGCGCUGGCUGACGUGCGUAUAAGCACUGACCCAGGCCAAGCAGUCUCCGGAGACACGCCGGACCCAGUCAGUCUGCUCGAAGCCAAGGUCGCCCAGCUGACAAAGCCCGCCCAGCUCCUGAGAAAGCUCUGGCGCUUUGACCCCAUGACUGAUGGCGACGGCAGCCAGACGCACCAGCCGCAGCCAGCGCUGUCGUACCACUCCAGCAGCCAAGCGGCGAAGCGCCAGAAGAGGUCCAUGCGCACAACAGCUACCGACACCCAAGACACGCAGCCGCUGACUGGGUCCCAGCUACCGCUUACACCGGCGUCGCCAUUGUUCUCUGCAACCCGGGCCAGCCAGUUGCAGGGAGUGCCAGCUAUAGCUCGUGCGACUCCGGCUACCCAGGGGCCGCCAAAGGUGGUGUUCUCGCGGCAUGUGGCGAAUCUGGGCCUGCAGCCGGCUGGCAGGACGCAGGGGUCGGAGACGCAGCUGACAGUGCCCGACUUCUUCUCCCAGGUGCCAGCGCCGUCGCAGGCUACGACGCAGCCGGCGGUUGUUACUGCCCAGUCGCAGCGUGUUCCUGGCACAGUCAAAAAGAAAAAGAAAAAGCGCCGGUCUGGAUUUUGAGUCACGUGAACAGGGAUUCUGUUUUCAAAACAUGCUUUGCGCAGAAUUCAAAUCUCAGUUCCUUCUUCUUCCACUAGGCUCAUUCAAUUACACCGUC